AAUAUCAACCCUGACUGCGCUAAACCCAGUGCACCCAGAUCUCCUGCCCCACCAUGCCUCAUUCGCCACCAUCCAUCACUGCCCUCCCCGACGAACUCCUCCUAACCAUCGGCGCACACCUCGUCAAUCCAAACCAAAACUCCGACCUAGUCAGUCUAUCCUUAGUGUCCCGCCGCUGGCGCCCCAUCGCCCAGGAAUGGCUCCUCCGCGUCCCCCGCUUCAACCUCACCCACAUCCACACCUACAUGUGGGAGCUCUCGAACCACUCCCACAUCAUCCCGCUCAUUCACUCUCUGGACAUCUACAGCUCCAGUGAGAACCGCGUGCGGCACGCCCGCAACGGCCUCUCGAUCAAGGAGUACACCGCUAUUCGAUGUCCGGCGGCGCUGGCCCAGCGGAGCAUGUUCAUAGGGUUGUGCAUGCAGAACGUGUAUUUCUAUGCCGGCGGGGCGAGGGAGAAGUUGUACUGGGGUAUGGCGCUCAAUGAGGAUGUUGUUGCUGCACUGUUUGGCGUGCUGCUGUGCGUGUUGCCUGGACUGCAAGAGUUGAGGCUAGGAGGCGGCUGGUUGAUGGACUUCCCCUUCUUCAGCACCGUGCUGGCGUCAGAGUUCCAGGACCAUCGCUUCGAGCCCGAGGCGUGGCAGGAGCAUAGUUUCCUGGCUGGAGCGCUUGCCGUCGUGAGACCACGGUUACGUGUCCUGCACGUCCCGGCUGAAAUGACGGCGAUGCGGCGUUGCGCGCAUGUACGGACGUUUCUUGAUUUCCGCGCCUUCGACCAUCUGAGCGAGGUGGGCGUGACGAUGAUGGCGCUGCGGGACGGGCUCCUCCAGCUUCUCGACCCGAGACUCGUGUUCCCCCCCUCGUUGGAAAUCCUGCGCAUCAGCGAGGCGAUGUUCGACACGACGAAUUUCCUCCACGCUCUGUUUUCCGCUAAGAAAACUUCUCACCUCCCGCUGCUUCGCCGCGUCGAGGUCUACUACCUCUACCCCGUCGACACUGUGCAGCGCGCGGCUCUUCGUCGUCCCUGCCUAUCGCCCAUCGAGGAUGCGCAGCGCGAAUGCAAGGAUGCUGGCGUCGAGUUGCGUGUGUAUUUUCCGGGCUUCCAGCUGCAGACGUGGUUGAUUGGAGGGUCGCCGUGGAGUCUGAGGGAUCAGGGGCUGGAUGUGUUGAAGGCGGCGGAGCGGAAAGCGCAUAAUCUGCCCAUGGCGGAUGUUUGCUUUCCUGUGCUGGAGUGCGAGUGGGAUGCACAGGGGAAUGUGGUGUGGUGAUGAUGGCAGGUCUUUAGUGUGCGUUUUGGUUGGUCGAUUGGUCGGAGAUGGGCUUGUGGGUUGCUUUUGUGGCGAAUGUAUUGGGUAGGCGAUGUAAUGGAUUAUGUUGAUGGGACUUCUUGAGACGACUUCGAAUGUCGGUAACGCGCAGAGUUUGUCUGCGAAUAAGUUUCAUCGCGUAGAGGUAGAGGGAUGAUUGAGAUGCUGUUACUACAUCGUUAUCAAAAUCCUCCUUUUGCAAC